AUUUUUUAUUUUUUAAAAAGAAACGGUGGUUUUUGUAUUGUUUAAAAAAGGAAUUAGGAAUAGAAAUUUUGAAAAUGGUAUGCGAGGAAGUGGCGCCAUCUGUGGCGGUGUUGUCGUCCCGUUCUGGAGGCGAGGGCGUGUCCCAGGGGCGCCUCCCACAGUCCGCGGGGACGGACCCCCGCGCCGCCGGCCCUGGCACUCGGCGGCGCGCUCCCGCGACGCUUGUUAGUGUUCCGCAAAUCCACAGCGGGAUCGCCCGCACAACCGGGACCCUGAUCCCUAAACGCACAUACGAUAAUACACCGCCGCCUAUCGGAUAGAUAUUGAUACUGUAGUAGGCUUCUAUAUUAGAAAUUGCUCAGUGCUUUUUUUUUUAAAUUCGCAAGUGAAUUUGUUUUUAAAUUUCGAUUCGUGUGUUCGUUUUUGAAAUUUUGAAUAUGUUUCGAAUUUGAAUAGAGACUUUUCGAAAAGUACAAUUGCAAACAGAACUCUCAGAAAAAACGACGUUUUAUUUUGCCGCGCGCGUUUUUUGAAUCUGUUCAGCCGGAGUUGUGUUCGUUGCCGGAAUAUUAUCCUGUAAGUACGUAAACCUUCGCGUUUUUCCGCGGGUGUUCGUGCGCUGUCGGGCGCUUGGUUUGCUGGCGAACGUCGCGAGUCGCGAUUCGGUCGGACGAGCUAAACGCGGCGGCGAGCGGGUACGCCGGCUCGCCGUGGCCGCCGUUGGAGUUAGACCCCGUGGGAUGGGGACGCAAGCUGUAUCCGUCGGGAGCGCCGAGGACUUCCGGUGGUCUCAUGUUCGGCCUCCACCAUCAGGAGGCGGCGGGCGGGCUGCACGCUCAGCCAAGAGGGCCGGUCACUUCGCUCAAGGAGGAACCACUCACCAGAGCUUGGAUGACACCCAGCUCCUUAGUUGAUAAUACCAACAGCGUGGGAGUGGGCCGGGCGCAUUUUGAGAAGCAACCGCCCAGCAACCUGCGCAAAAGCAACUUCUUCCAUUUCGUCGUGGCGCUAUACGACAGAGCGGGACAGCCGGUCGAGAUCGAGCGGACUGCCUUCAUAGGCUUCAUAGAAAAAGACCAGGAAGCUGAGGGUCAGAAGACGAACAACGGCAUCCAAUAUAGGCUUCAAUUACUUUAUGCAAAUGGUAUUAGACAAGAGCAAGAUAUUUUCGUUCGUCUCAUCGAUUCGGUGACAAAACAGCCCAUUGUGUACGAAGGCCAAGACAAAAAUCCUGAGAUGUGCAGAGUGCUACUAACACACGAGGUUAUGUGCAGCCGGUGUUGUGACAAGAAAAGUUGUGGAAAUAGAAAUGAAACACCAUCAGACCCCGUCAUCAUAGACAGAUUUUUUCUGAAGUUUUUCCUGAAGUGCAAUCAGAACUGCCUCAAAAACGCCGGCAACCCGCGUGACAUGAGAAGGUUUCAAGUGGUGAUAUCGACACAGGUGAUGGUGGACGGUCCCCUACUAGCUAUAUCUGACAACAUGUUCGUGCACAACAACAGCAAGCACGGCCGGCGGGCCAAACGCCUCGACCCGACUGAAGGUAUUGACGCGGCGCCAGAGACCACUUCUGGUCUCUAUCCGCCGUUGCCAGUGGCGACGCCUUGCAUCAAAGCGAUAUCCCCGAGUGAAGGAUGGACAUCGGGAGGCUCCACAGUCAUUAUAGUCGGGGACAACUUCUUCGACGGACUCCAAGUUGUGUUCGGAACAAUGCUGGUCUGGAGCGAGCUCAUCACAUCACAUGCGAUAAGAGUGCAGACACCACCACGGCACAUACCAGGGGUGGUGGAAGUGACGCUCUCAUACAAGAGCAAACAGUUCUGUAAAGGAGCACCCGGCAGAUUUGUAUAUGUUUCUCUCAACGAACCCACGAUAGAUUACGGCUUCCAAAGGUUGCAGAAACUCAUCCCGAGGCAUCCUGGCGAUCCUGAAAAAUUACCAAAGGAAAUCAUACUCAAACGGGCAGCGGAUUUAGCGGAAGCCCUGUACUCGAUGCCCAGAAACAACCAGCUUGGGUUGAGCGCUCCCCGGUCCCCGCCAGCCAGUAUGCCCUUCAACUCUUACACGGGACAACUGGCCGUCAGCGUGCAAGACACCGCUGCCUCGCAGUGGACUGAAGAGGAGUACGCGCGUAGCGGCGGGUCGGUGUCGCCGCGGUACUGCUCCGCCGCCUCCACGCCGCACGCCGCGCCCGCCUCCUACCCGCACCCGCAGCACUACCCUGCACCGCCUACCUCGCUGUUUAAUACUACCUCGCUGUCCCUUGGCCCGUACCAUCCUGCGAACAUGAAUGGACAUUUAUCUUCUGACCAUCAGUAUAACGCGUAUAACACGAAAGAUAGCGGACAUUACAGUGAAAGAAACGGGAAUUCUAAGAGCUCCGACUGUCCGGCAAACACUCAUACAAAAUGCAGCGGCAACGAUAUGAAAGGGCCUCAGAGUAAAGAGAGUAAGCUGAGAAGCGCCUUUGCCAUAGUGAGGCACAGUCCGCCUCGGCCGAACGUACAACACCACCAGAAUUGGCAGCAUCUCGCCGUACAGUGAAUGACAGGGCUAGUGUCAUCACCGUUCUCAGUGAAUCCUUUCUCAUUGCCAACUUGCAGUGCUCAGCAGUACGCGCAAACUGCGCCUUUAGCGUCCAAGUAGCCACGGCUGCAUGCGUCAGUUUGGACGUAGGGUAGUAGUGGACAUUUUGUGACACGGUAAUGACGUUUUUAAACUUUUACAAACAGGUUGACUAUAAUUAUUUUUAACUAUGUUAUUUCAAUAUGUUUACAUUGCUUGAUAUCUUUUUAAUAUAAUAACACAAAUGUAAAAAAGAAAUGGUAAUGGCAAUUCAUGCACUAAAUAAAGUCUUAUUAACUUAUCAUUAAAUACGUGACAACUUUUUGCAACCUGCAACACAAUAUAUUUUUCUUUGUGGUGAGAGUUAUGUUGCGGAAAAGGGUAGAUGACAAUUUGUAAAUAUAAUAUAUCUAUCAAAAUUUGUAAUUUUGAAUGUAAAUAUUAAAUAAUUCAAUGUUUCCGAAGAUUGGUUGCUAGGUUCGCGUAGUAGUAGAUUUUUAUAAAAAAUAUAUAUAUAUAUAUAUUAAUACUCAAUAAGCCCAUCUUAUAUCCACCAAAAUCGAAAAGGUACGCUCAGGGCGAAUAGUAUAUAAGUUUCAUUGUAAAUAUAGUUUUCUUACUGAUUCGAUGUUAAUUUUACAAUCCGUAAAUUGUACAUUUUGUUUGUUUGUAAAAAUCUGUGAUAUAUUUAUUGUAAGUACCUAUCUUAAAACUGUAAUUGUAAUGUGUAAAUUUCCUUGCAUUCUUUUAAUUUUGGCAAGCCUUAGUGAUCGCUUGUUUCCACCGUCGAAUGUGUUUGAAAUGUCGACCAUAUCUCGUAACAAAACAUAUCUAUAUUUAUUAAAUAGAGGCUCUACUUGAAUAAGGAUACAACGUGAAAAAAAAUAUCUAACUUCGAUACGAAAAAAGGAGUAUACGAAAAUAAAAUUUCCCGAUCACUUCGCUUGGAUUUUGAAGGGGAUGAGAGCAUUGUAUGAGACGAUAUAUUUGUUUGAAUAUGGAUCGUGUAGUUAUGUAUUGUUUAUCGCGAUUGUGUAUUUGAUAAGAAAAUGUACAUUGUAAUCAAUCGAUCAUGAAAAAAAAACUCACGAAAUAAAAUAAUA